UCUCAGCUGGAGUCACAGACUCGGUCGCAGAGCUGCGCUCCGUCCCCGUUUGGCACUUCGGCGGAACUUUGGCGCCUCACACCUCGGACGCGUUUCUGGGGGAAACUACUGGCGGGAGAUGGACUAAACGGACCCCCCCAUCAAAGAGACCGCGCGCGCUUGUUGACGAAGCUUGAAGUGCCGCCAUGGAGGAGGACGACGGGCAUCAGGAGAACGGCGUCCCGGCGCCCAAAGACUCGGACCGCCAGCAGCGGCUGCGGCUGUGCGUCCUGAACGAGCUGCUGAACACGGAGCGGGACUACGUUCGAACCCUGCUCUUCCUGCAGUCGGCCUUCCUGCACAGAAUCAGACAAACUGCAGACGACCAGCAGUGUCUUUCUCCUGAACACGUCAAGAUCCUGUUUUCAAACAUUGAGGACAUCCUGGAGCUGCACAAAGAGGUUUUGUCUGCAGUGGAGUCGAGUUUGCAGCCUGAGCCCCAGCCCCAUCAUUCUCUGGGACACGUGUUCCUCCAGUUUAGGCAGAGCUUCUCGGUAUACGGCGAAUACUGCAGUAACCAUGAGAAGGCUUUGCGGCUCCUCAUGGAGCUCAACAAGAUCCCCAACAUCCGGACCUUCUUGCUGCACUGCAUGCUUCUUGGAGGGAAGAAGAGCACAGACAUUCCUCUGGAGGGCUACCUUCUCUCUCCCAUCCAGAGGAUCUGCAAGUACCCUCUGCUGCUGAAGGAACUCCUUAAAAGGACACCAAAGAGCCACGCCGAUUACCCUGCCGUGCAGGAGGCUCUGCAGGCCAUGAAGGCCGUCUGCUCCAACAUCAACGAGACCAAGAGGCAGAUGGAGAAGCUGGAGGCUCUGGAGCAGCUGCAGUCCCACAUUGAAGGCUGGGAGGGAACAAACCUGACAGACAUCUGCACAGAGCUGCUGCUUCACGGAAAUCUGCUGAAAAUCUCGGCAGGAAACAUUCAGGAACGGGUCUUUUUCCUCUUUGACAACCUUUUGGUUUACUGCAAAAGGAAGUCCAGGGUCUCUGGAAAGAAGUCAACCAAAAGGACCAAGUCCAUCAACGGGCCUCUCUAUGUGUUCAGAGGUCGGAUCAACACGGAGGUGAUGGAGGUGGAAAAUGUGGAGGAUGGGACAGCGGAUUAUCACAGCAACAACUACACGGUGACGAAUGGCUGGAAGAUCCACAACACAGCAAAAAACAAGUGGUUUGUGUGCAUGGCCAAAAACGCCGAGGACAAGCAGAAAUGGCUGGACGCCAUCCUGAGGGAGCGGGAGCAAAGAGAGAGUCUGAAGCUGGGAAUGGAGCGGGACGCCUACGUGAUGAUCGCAGAGAAGGGGGAGAAGCUUUACCACAUGAUGAUGACCAAGAAUCGACACCUGAUUAAAGACCGGCGCCGGAAGCUCAGCAUUGUGCCCAAGUGCUUCAUGGGAAACGAGUUUGUGGCGUGGCUGAUCGAAAGCGGCGAGAUCAGCAAACCUGAGGAGGGCGUCAACCUCGGUCAAGCUUUACUGGAAAAUGGCAUCAUUCAUCACAUCUCAGAUAAACACCAGUUCAAGAACGAGCAGGUGCUGUACCGCUUCCGCUACGACGAUGGCACGUACAAGGCCCGCAGCGAGAUGGAGGACAUCAUGUCAAAGGGCGUCAGGCUGUACUGCCGCCUCCACUGCCUCCACACGCCAGUCAUCAAGGACAGGGACUACCAUCUGAAAACCUUCAAGUCUGUGGUUCCUGCUUGUAAACUGGUGGACUGGCUGAUCUCACAGGGAGACUGCUCGACCCGAGAGGAUGCUGUGACACUGGGAGUGGGGCUCUGCAACAACGGCUUCAUGCACCACGUCUUGGAGAAAAGUGAGUUCAAAGACGAGUCCCAGUUUUUCCGUUUCUAUGCUGAUGAGGAAACGGAGGGAACCAGCACCAAGAGCAAACAGCUGCAGAGGAACGACUUCAAGCUCAUAGAAAACAUCUUAGCCAAGUCCCUAGUGAUCCAUCCAGAGGAGGAAGGCUAUGGCUUUGAGAUCGAAGAGAAAAACAAGGCCAUUGUGGUGAAAUCUGUCAGCCGGGGCUCCCACGCUGAGAUGGCUGGUCUGCAGGUGGGCAGGAAGAUCUACACCAUCAACGAGGACCUGCUGUUCCUCAGGCCCUUCUCAGAGGUGGAAACCAUGAUCAGCCAGGCUUUCUGCAUACGGCGCUCUCUGCGGCUGCUGGUCGCCACCAAAGCCAAGGAGGUCGUGAAGAUCCCCGACAACCCAGACAGCCUCUCCUUCAGACUCUGUGGAUCAGCUCCUCCUCACGUUCAUGCAGUCAGGAAAGGCUGGGAGGCGGCAGGCGCGGGUCUUCAGCCUGGCCAGGUGGUUCUGAAAGUCAACGGGAACAACGUCAACCACAGUGACUACCAGGAGGUCCUGGAGCACUUUGCUGCUCAGCACACUCAUCAGGAGGCCCCCGGAGAGUGUAACUGGGUGUAUCGCGCCUUUGAGGACGUGGAGCAUCUGCAGAGAGGACGGAGUCCCACUGAGAAGGAGCAGAACGCCUUCAAGCCUUUUCCAGUGGAGAACGGCUCAGACCACGAGGAGGACAGCAGGACCAAUGGAACAGAGCACGAGCUUUGCAGACUUUCGCUGUCAGAUGAUCUUCCCCUGGUGAGUCUGACCGUCGAUAACGUCCACCUGGAGCACGGCGUGGUUUAUGAAUACGUCAACACGGCCGGCAUCAAGAGCCACGUCCUUGAGAAGAUCACAGAGCCCAAAGGAUGCUUCAGCCUCACUGCUAAGAUCCUGGAGGCCUUCUGCAGCGAUGACAGUCUCUUUGUACGGAACUGCAGCCAGCUCAUCUCCCAGAGCGACCGCGUGGUUACCAUGCCACAGUACGAGUUCAGACAAAUCUGUGACACCAAGCUGGAGAGUAUCAGUCGGCGCAUCACAUGCUACCAGCAGUUUGCUCAGGAGCUGAGGAACAAGGUGUGGCCCUCCGUCCGGCAGGCCGGGGGCCGUCCUCACCCCCUGGGCUGCAUGGACUUCAUUCCCACCAACUGCCACAUCAACUUGAUGCAGGUCUCCUGUCCCAAAAGCACCACCUCCGCUGGCAGGACUUUCAGCAUCCGCUUCGGUCGCAAAAACUCCAUCUUUGGUCUGGAUCAAGACCAAGCUCAGCUCAACCUCAUGUCUCACACUCUGCACUGCAUGACCAGCAUGGGAGCUCCUUCCUGGAGCUGCUCCGGUCUGGAAGGGGACGAAGCAGAUGGCAGCGGGGAUGUGACUCUGGAAGAUGGGGAGGGUGUGAUGGACGGCCGGCAGGGUGUCCACGGCGAGGGCGGCCUGAGUUUCCUGCUCAAGCCGGAGGACACGGAGGCGCAGGAUUCAUACAUUCAUUUGUACAGCCGCCUGGAUGUUGCUGUGAGGGAAAUGAAGCAAUAUGUUGCUCAGAUAGAUGUCCUCCUGUCAUCCAUCACUGAACCAACUGAGCUCCAGAGAGAGGAGGGGGGCUCUCUGGUGUACGAUCCAAACCAGCCGCCCCCUCUGGCGCCCUGCGAUGAUGGCUGCGAGCAGGACAAGGCAGAGCAGGGGGGCAUUAAGAGAGUCUGCUUUAAAGUGAACGAGGAGGACCAGGAGGAUUCUGGUCACGACACCAUGAGCUACAGAGACUCCUACAGUGAAUGCAACAGCAACAGAGAUUCAGUUCUGUCCUACACCAGCGUGCGAAGCAACAGCUCCUACCUGGGGAGUGACGAGAUGGGGUCAGGGGAUGAGCUGCCCUGUGACAUGAGGAUUCCCUCUGACAAACAGGACAAGCUGCACGGCUGCCUCGAGCACCUGUUCAAUCAGGUCGACUCGAUCAACAGCCUUCUCAAAGGCGCCGUCAUGACCAAAGCCUGCGAGGAAACCAGGCACUUCUACUCCGACCACAGCCAGCCAGAAUUUCGCCAAACCGAAGACUGGACGAGCCGCUGCCGCCACAUUAUCCACAAGAACAUCCAGGAGGACCCUUGGAACCUGCCCAACUCCAUCAAAACGCUGGUGGAAAGCCUGCAGAGGUUUGUGGACGAUGGAAAGAACCAGCUUCUUCUGGCUCUUCUCAAGUGCACAGACACUUCCCUGCAGCUGCGGCGGGAUGUGAUCUUCUGCCAGGCAGCGACGGCUGCGCUGUGCACGCUGGCCGAACAGCUGCUGAUGGCGUUACGGCUGCGCUUCAACAACGCCGGCGAGUACCAGGAAGACAGCAAGGAAACCAGCUGCAAGUGGCUGGAGCAGAUAUCCGUCAUUGGGGCUCUGCUGCACUUCCAGUCCACGCUAAAUCCUCACCUGAAGGAGGAGCGCACCAUGCUGGAGGACACCAAGGCAGCCCUGUUGGAUCUGGACAAAGUCACAGUGUUCUUCAGGCAGCUGGAAGACGAGUGUCUUGUUACAAACACACCUGUGUGUUACCAGGUGGAGGGCAGUCGACAGGCUCUGAAGGUCACCAUGUACCUGGACAGCUGUCACUUCAGCGAGCUGCCCAGCCGCCUGCAGAACGGAGGCGGGCUCAGAUUGAACACGGUCCUCUUCACCCGCGCCCUGGAGCGAGCGGAGGGAGUUUCUCAGCGAGAGUACACAGAGAUGGAGGAGCUGCAGCAGCGCACCAAUGCAGUCUCACUGGAGAAGGUCAAGGCCUACUACCGCAGACUCCGAGCGUUCUAUCUGGAAAAGUCCAACCUCCCGACAGACUCCAACUCCACGGCGAUGAAGAUAGACCAGAUACUGGGCCUUGAAGUUAGAGACCUUCAACCAAGCAUUUCCAAACUGCUGCGUCCCCUCAACACGUUGGACGACCUCUGUCGACUGAUGCAGUCGUACGUCAACGUGCGCUCCACGUCCCAGGGUCACCCGUCGGGCGUCAGCGUGCUGUGCGUGUCCUCGGAGCUGUGCAACCGGCUGGGGGCCUGUCACAUCACCAUGUGUGGCACAGGCAUGCAGAGAUGCACCCUGAGCGUCACUCUGGAGCAGGCCAUGAUCCUGGCCAGGAACCACGGCCUCAUUCCGCGCUGCAUCAUGCAGACCAUGGACAUCAUGAGGAAACAGGGAGCAAGAGUGGAGCUGUCUGCUAAAAAUCUGAAGGUAAUGGACCAGAUGCCUCCAUCAGCUCCAAGGCUUUUCAGGCUGUGUCUGCCGCCUUCAGACGGAGACCUGUAAGAGUCCAGGUCUCAUUUCUUCCCCUCAAAGAGACGCUGCCAAUAACACAAAGCAACACAACCACACAUGCAAACGUCUGCAUGGAGACUACGAGGGUCUCCUCUGCACUGAAGCAGGUUAUCAGGACUGGGGAUGAACGGACGAAAGCAUCUGCGGGACCGGAGAUCUCCCAGCGACUGCUGAUCGGUUCUCCUCACAUCAAUGACUUGACAGCCGAUGAAAAGUUUUUCCCAAAUGAGCAGAGUCCCGGUCACCCAAAAGGCUCUCAGUAGAGUGGGAAUUUUAACUGUAUUAACCAAACUACCUGUAGCUGACCGUCGUCUUAAAUUCAGAUGUUUUCUCCUUUGCCUUGGACUGCAAGCUCUGGAGGAGAGCUGUGGCUUUCUGUCUGAGCGCUGGCGUUCCCCAGGGCUCACUGUUCGGACCUCGACUGAAGUAGCACACUUGAAUAGGCUGGCAUUGGUUCGCUGGAUGAGUAGAUUUUGAAAGUCUUAAGAACAGACGGAGAGGUGGAAGUAGGCCUGAAGGAACAGAUUUACCCUGGGCUCGUUGCAUGUGGUUACUGUGCAAUUACUGUAGGUUUAGUGUGAGUACUGUAUUACUGCAUCAAAUGAAGGAUAGAUAUUUAUUGAGUCCAGAAGGAACUUUGUUACUGCUUGCUUAGACUCUGUCAGGUAUUAAAGAAUCUAAAGUCAUUCCAGCUGCAUUAUGAACAGUAUUUAAAAGACCAACAGCAGGACAGUUAUUAUUAUUUUUAUUUUGAUUAACCUGUCUGUUUGUGUAUUUAAUUUUAUUUAAAUGUAAGGACUUUGAUUAUGUCAGAAUUUAUCAUCAGGGACUGAAAGAAAUGGAAAAGCUAAAAAAACAGAAUCAGGACUGAAAAGUUUCUAAAACAAACUAAACGACGGGUUUUGAUAUUUAAUCACUUGUUAAAUUAUUCAUAUUUUUAAUAGAAAUUUCCUAGCUGAGUGGUUUUGUUAACGGAAAAUUCCUCUGACUUUUAAAUGGGCUUUUACCGUUUGCGCUGAAGCAGUUGCUGCGUUGUUUGUUACGGUCAGUGUUAGCGGGGAGUAGGAGGACGGAAACAAAGGGAUGGUGACUGAAACACAGCUGUUUUAUUUUCGUGUACAUACUGCGUCGGAGCGCAGUCGAGGGCGCAGUACGCUAGAAGAGUAUUGCUAUAUAUUAUAUUGGAUUAUUUUUAUGAAAAUAAUAUAGUUCUAUGAAGCAUUUUGUAUUUGCGAGUGUGCAUUUGAGCAGAAGCUGCCUCACUGACGCCCUCUUUUUGACUCUUACAGUAGCAUCCAUUCCCGGGACGUUCUGCAGAAAAUCACUUUUAAUUUAUUGAAAAGGUUCAAAUGAACGUGGUGGAAAAGUCUGUACACGCCCUGCAACGGAACCACCGCAAACUCUUCAUCUAUCAGUUUGAAUCAUCCUCCUCCUCCUCUCCUAUCUCAGCUCUGAACAUGAUGUCAUGUAUAUAGGACUGUUGCAGCAUCACGUCUCAUAAACCAGUGUUGCCAUUUCAGAGCAGCUGAUGACGGCAGCAUCCUGCUGGGGGUCCAUGCCACAGAGCACACCUUUCAUUUGCAUUCUCCUAAUGUUUCUUUAUUGUACAUAAUUUACCUUCAGUUUUAUGUGGCUCGAAAAGCAACUGUACAAAGGCUUUUGCAAGAAUCUUUCUAAAUCUAUUAUUGUAAAUGGAAUCCUAACAAGUUAGUGAAUAAAAAGUUCUCAGUUUGA